AUGAAACGGGCCAAAAUCGGUCAAAACCUUGUUGUUGGGUCUGGAGUUAGACUAUUGCCACUUAGGACAGCUGGUGCUGUGCCUGCUGGCAUCAGUCGCUCUCCAUCGGGUUCUUCUAGUGGAGGAGUUGGUGUUAUCAUUCCAAUGAUCACCAGAGUUCAUCAAAGAGUAAAUUCUAAUGGUAGCGGUGCACGAAAUGGUCAAACUUCAAAUGAACCUCAUAGUGACACCCAUGCUAAUCUGCAACCGAAUCCUCAGCCACCUCAAGCACGUGAAGCAGGUAAUCUGGGACAUCCUGUCGAGGUCAAUGUGGGGAACAGUUCUCAGGCUUCCCAUGGUCAGCAGAAUGGCCAGGGUCCUUUUUCUCAGUUGGUGGACAGUCUCCAGUGGAUUGGAUCACUGUUUUCUGGAGAAAAUCCCCCAGCAAACGUUUCAAGUCAGCAUGCACCAGCGGCUUCUGCUGAGCCGGUAGAUGCUAGAACAGUGGCCAGCGACGAGGGGAUACGCUUUGCUAACUUGGUCAGGCAAAUUAUGCCACAUAUCUCCCAGGUUGAAAACCAGUCUCAAAGCACCCCAGCAGACACCAGCAGUACUCCUUCACAGGCUGCCGUGCCUGAGAGCGCAAACGGUUCAAGGGAUGGGCCAAGUGAUUCCAGGAAUUCACGUCAACAUAGCCGUGACCCAGUUGAAGGCCCUAAUUCUAAAAGGCAAAGGAGAAUGAGUGAGUGAUUCAGGUGGGCUUGUUAUUGUUGGGUGGGCGCUGCUUUUGCAGUCUGAGCUGAGAAAUUUUUCCAGUUGCUGCUACACCAGAGAAUUCAUGAUGAUGAUACCGUGAGUCAUAAUCUUAUUGAGACAAGUGGAAUUGUUUCGAGUGUAUAGUCGAGCCUUGGGAUGUUAGGCGGUUCAUAACCUGUGCUAUUCCUUCUUUGCACAGCAGUUCCUGUAAUCCUUUUUACUUUUUUGAUGAGAGCAUAAGAUGUUUUGCAAACUGGUAUCCAUCUCCAAUAUGUGGAAGUCAAUUAUAUUUUGGGGUGGAAAUAUCCGCGCGAUCAAUAAAGCCUGGCUUGGUGCUUGCUGCAGUAGAGCCCAUUUUUA